AUGGAUGACCUCCCGCACCGUCCGUACGGCGUCGUCGACGACACCGCGUUCGCGCUCGAAGGGAUGUGGAUGCCAAAUCCCGGGGAGUACCCGCCGACGAAGCACCCGUUCGAUGACGUGAACACGCGCACGCGAGCGCUUCCGGGACGCGCGGGGGCGAAGACGCGAUCGUUGGCGUUUUGUCCGAAUGGCGCGUGGCUCGCGGCGGCGUGCGGCGACGGUGAGGUGACGAUCUACGACGUCGAGGCGGCGACGCGAGCGAGCGCGCUCGCGGGACACGCGUCCUCGGCGGAACAGGUGGCGUACGAUCCGGCGAGCGCGAACGGUGAUCGAGCGCUCACUGUGAGCACUGAUAAGACGGCUAAGUUUUGGGACGUGAAGAGCGGGAAGUGCGCGUCGACGAUCGAAUUGAAGGAGGCGGGAUACGCGUGCGCGUGGUCGCCGAGCGGGCGACACUGCUCCGUGGGCACGGCGGAGGCGGUGAAGAUCAUCGACGCGACGACGAUGAACGUGGUGUGGGAACAAAAGUUUGAGUACGAAGUGAACGCGAUGACGUGGGACGUGAGUGGGAAGAAGUUCAUGCUGGCCACGGGACAGGGGAAGAUGGAGAAGUUUUCGUUUGACGACUCCACGGGCGCGCUGACGCACGCGUCAUCGCACUUCGCUCACAACGGAGGGUGUUACUGCAUCGAGAUGGAUCCCACUGGGAAGUAUUUCGCCAUGGGCGCCGCUGAUGCUAUCGUGAGUUUGUGGGCGACGGAGGAGUUGAUGUGUUACGACACAGUCGUGCGUCUGGAUUGGCCCAUUCGUGCGCUGGCGUACAGUCACGACAGCGCCUACAUUGCCUCGGCGUCAGAGGACAUGUUCAUCGACAUAGCCGAUGUGAAGACUGGAUCGUGUAUGGCACAAAUCAAAACCGAAGUCGCGACGAAUGCCGUCGCUUUUCAUCCCAAAGAACUCGUGCUCGCGUACGGGGGUGACGAUCCAAAGGGCACAGUUAGACUGUGGUCCGUAACCAAGGGUUUCACCAUGGGAAGCAAAUGA